AUGGAAAAAAUUUUAAAGAAAACCCAACGUAUAGAAGAAGUAGAUCAAGUUCCUGAGACUCCUGAAGAUGAAAUUCCUAAAGAAGUAGAGAUUCUUCAGUCUACUGAAAUUUCGAAGCUUGAUGAUAUAAAACUCAUUAAACCAACAUCUUUACCUCCGGUUACUUCCACAACUGAUUCUCCAACAUUCCAAUCUAUUAUGGAUCAACCUUUCACCACUAUAUUCUCAACACAAUCAACCGAUCCACCAAAUUCAUCAUCACCUGUUGCUGAAACCAUGGCUGUUGAUGAAGAAACUGAUAACGAAGGAUUUGGAGGAACAUUCGAAGCUCUUUCCUUUGAUAAAGCUGAAGAAGAUUUCCCUGACCAUAUGCUGAUGACGAUGAAGCAGUUCAAGAUAUUGAAUUCAAAAUUAAAUUCUAUCUUGCAAUCUCAAGCGGAUGUGGGAAGUGCUGCAAUCACUAUCAAGGAAGUUGAUUCCAUAAUGAAGGAAAUGGAAAGCAGGAUGAUUUCGAAGGCAUCAGGGUUAAUACGUGAUUCUGAAAGCCGCAUUCUUGAGAAAACUGAUCAGAAUGAUAGUUCUACAGAGAAUAGAAUCAAUUCUCUGAGAUCUGAUUUUCUGAAGGAAGUGAAGGAUUUGAAGACUGUUACGAAGGAGCGUCAUGUGCUCUUCGUACAGGAAGUUAAGAAGGUUCGAGAAGAUGUUAAUAUGCAAAUUCGUGAACUUCGUGAAACAAUGACGAAGGAGGUUCAGCAUAUUCAACAAGGGUAUGAAUCAGCACAUCAGAAGAUCGACAUUAUUUGUGAUGCGGUCGUUCAGUGUGUUCAGAUGUUCGAACAAAUCAAUCCUCAGAUGAUCUCUCUUUCAGCCACAGAAGAACAACAUUUUGGAGAGGGUCUGUACUAA